CGGGGAUACUGCCGAAAUCAAACCAAUACAUCUUUAGAAUUUAGAUUUGUCAGUUCCCUAAAAGAUGGCUCUUUGAGAGCUACAAUAACUAAACCUAUCAGCUAUUCAAGAUGCUGGGAAAUUAUAAAGGAGACCUUGGAAACGAUUGGAGAGAAGUCGCAAGAUUUCGGUACCGACAGCCUGCGUUCAGGUGCCGCGCGACAGCUACAGUAUGGCACAGUCGGAACCGACUAUACAAGAGACGAUGGAAAACAGACAGCACAAGUACAUGAAGAUUCAAUAGACAAUAACGAAGACUUAAAUAUAUUUGCACGAACGAAAUAA